UAAAUAUCGCAGCGCUGAGCGCAAUAGUUGUGGUUAUAUUGUAGGUAGCUAUAUAUAUAUUGCCUGGCAUGGACGUCGUGUCUGCUGAAAUGUUCAAAAUAGAUCGAUAAUAUUUUUUUGCAAAAACGUUGUGAAUAUAUGAGUGUAGUUCCUCAUUUAAUUCGCUAGUCAACUGAAAACCUUAUUUGUUAAUUUCGAUUUCAUUCCGUUGACAUUAAGGAUUUUUGUGAUUCGUGUUAGACUCGAGGCUGUGAAAAAAUAUUGUGAAAGUGACCGUAAUAUGACCAGAAGAUGAAGUGCCACUACGAAGUAUUGUGUGUACCAAAGGAAGCAUCUGCGUCCGAAAUCAAGAAAGCCUAUCGGCGGCUUGCGCUGCAAUGGCACCCUGACAAGAAUUUAGAAAAUUUGGUUGAAGCAAAAGAGCAAUUUCAGCUCGUGCAGAAUGCAUAUGAAGUGCUUUCUGACCCUCAAGAGAGAGCCUGGUAUGACAAUCACAGAGAGCAGCUAUUGCGCGGAGCUGGCAGUUCUUACAAUGACGACAGUCUUGAUGUCUACCCUUACUUCAGUCCGUCCUGUUAUAAAGGUUUUGGAGAUGAUGCUCAAGGGUUCUAUGGAGUAUACAAUGAGGUAUUUUCCAAAUUGAUAACAGAAGAAACAGAUUUCCUAGAUGAUCCUGAAGAUGUAUCAAAAAUCCCCACAUUUGGAAACUCCACCACACCAUAUGAAGAAGUACAUGAGUUCUAUGCUUAUUGGAUGGCAUUCUCAACUAACAAAAGUUAUGUAUGGCUGGACCAAUAUGAAAUUUCACAGGGAGACAAUAGGAGAGUUAUAAAACUUAUGGAGAAAGAAAACAAUAAAAUAAGGCAAAAAGCUCGCAAAGAAAGAAAUGAAGAGAUCAGAAGACUUGUAAGCUUCGUCCGCAGGAAGGAUAAAAGAGUUAUAGAGCAUACAAAACUGUUACAGGAAAAAGCAGAGGAAAAUAAAAGAAAGGCUGAACAAGUGAGAAGAGAAAGAAUAAUACAAAGGCAGAAGGAAAUAGAAGAAGCUAAGAAGAAAGAAGGUGAAAGCUCUUUCUUACAAAGCCAAGACUAUCAGAAGAAGUUGAGUGAGAUUGAGUCACUUUUAGCAGAAGAAUUUGGUCUAUCUUCUGACGAUGAUGACACAAUCAGUGAAGGGGGCAUGGAAAGUAGUAAUGAAGAAAGUUCUAAGACUGAAGAGGCGAGUGAAGCAUCAAAGGCAACGGCAAAAUCCUCAAAAUCUAAAUCAGCGAUGAAAAAUCUAUACUGCUCGGCUUGUAACAAACUAUUUAAAAACGUCAAAUCAUUUGAGAACCAUGAGAAGAGUAAGAAACACAAAGAGAAUGUAGCCAAUAUGACAUUUGAUGAUGAAUUAGAGAUAUCAGAUGAGAAUGAGAAUGAAGAUGAUCUUGAUGAACAGGAAAUUGAAACGAAAGAGGAACAAGUAGAUGAUGAUAAAGUAAAUGGUGAUGAUAAGGUGGAGGGAGAAAAUGUAGGAAACUCUACCUCAGAUAUCGAAGACAAUGAUGAUAAUGAUCUGCGAGAGACCUUGAGUGAUGAUUCUGAUAAAGUACAGGCUUUACCCAAGAGUCAUAAAAAGAAAAAGAACAAAAAGAAGUUCAUACCUAUGCCAGAGAGUGAAGGCAAUGACAGUCAUGAUGAGAUGAGUUUUAAUGAAAUAGAAGGACCGUCACGCAGCAGAAAAGCAAAGAAAUUCAAUAUGUUAAAGAGUCAAAUACAAGCUAAGAAAGAAGCUAAUCUGAAGAAAGGGUCCCAGUCACAAACUUCAACAGAAAAUCUGUAUGAAGUAUCUAGUACAACUCCUACAGAUGAUGCCUUAGGUGAAGCAGCCUUACCAAAGGAUAGGCCCGCUUUACCCAAGACACAGAGGAAUAUCAAACCAAAGAAAACAGUAGAACGAAAACCAGUUAGGACCAAAACGAGUGAGACAGAAGAUUCAAGCACAGCAUUAACACUCAGAUGUGCAGUCUGUGAGACAGACUUCCCAUCAAAGAAUAAGCUGUUUGAACACUUAAAGAAGACAGGACACUCAGUACCUCUUCCUCAGACUAGCUUCACACCACAGACUAGGAAAGGUAAAAGAGCCAAUAGGUAAACAUGUGCAAUUUAGAUAGGAUGGAAGUAUUAUCUAAUCAUUGAGAAUCAAUUGAUUUUCUUUAAAAUCUCGUUGUAAAAGUGACUUUAUCAAUCUAUUUAUUAAAAAUUAUGAUCACUGUCAAUAAAGAUAUGCCUAAAUGA